GGCACUUCUGGUACUUUCUGGGCGCCGCGAGCGCGCUGCGCGGGGCGCCGAGCCGGAAGCGCGGCCGGGACGCCGCCGCCGCUCGCCCUUGUUCUCGCGCCGCCAUGGCCAAGUGGGGCCAGGGCGACCCGCGCUGGAUCGUGGAGGAGCGCGAGGACGCGACCAACGUGAACAACUGGCACUGGACGGAACGGGAUGCCACCAGCUGGUCCAAGGCGAAGCUCCAAGAGGUCUUGGUGGGCAUUGUUGUGGAGAAUGAGGCUGGCCGCUGUGAGACCAGUGAGCUGAAGCAGGUGGAAGGGGAGGCUUCUUGCAGCAGCCGCAAAGGAAAGCUGAUUUUCUUCUAUGAGUGGAACAUCAAGCUGGGCUGGAAAGGUACAAUUAAAGAAUCUGGUGCAAAGCACAAGGGAUUGAUUGAAAUACCCAACCUUUCUGAAGAAAACGAAGUGGAUGACACUGAGGUGAACGUGAGUAAAAAGAAAGGAGAUGGGGAAAUACUGAAGGAUCUUAUGAAAACUGCAGGCACCGCCAAGGUCAGGGAGGCCCUUGGAGAUUACCUGAAGGCACUUAAGACGGAAUUUACCAUGGGAAUGAUUUUACCAACAAAAGCAUUGACAAACCAGGAACUGACUGUUAAAAGGAAACUGAGUGAAAGUACCUUGCAGAUUCAGGCGGCCUCUCCAAUGGCGCUGGGUGUAAAGAUUCCCACUGUGGCUCUGCACAUGACAGAACUGUUUGAUACAACGGUGGAGCAGCUCUACAGCAUCUUCACUGUGAAGGACCUGGUGCAAAAGUUUUCUAAAUCUCCUGCUGUGUUAGAAGCUGAAAAGGGAGGGAAAUUCCAAAUGUUUGAUGGGACCAUCACUGGUGAAUAUAUAGAACUGUUAACAAAUAGAAAGAUCGUCAUGAAAUGGAGAUGUAGAAACUGGCCAGAAGAACACUAUGCAACAGUAGCACUGAGUUUUGUGCCUACUUUAGGGCAAACGGAAUUACAAUUGGACUGUAAAGGAGUUCCUAUAUGUAAAGAAGAGAACAUGAAAUUCUGUUGGCAGAAGCAGCACUUUGAAGAAAUAAAAUGUUUACUGCAGCUGAUCACCCUAAAUGGUUGAAAUAACUUUUGUAGGGACAUUACUUUUUGUAGCAGAAAGUGUCAUGUUUACCUCUUUAUUAGUCCUUCCUUAAAAAAAUUGUAAUUUAUUUUAUAUUGGAUGAGAUCCAUGAACAAAAUUUAAAAGCACUGACACCAAUUAGAUUCUGCAUUGAGUUCAAAACGGCAAACAACCUGAAAUUAGAUGUCAAGUGCACUUCCCAUAGAUGUUCCUUGGGUAAUAGAUUGAAUCUGUGUGCAAAUAGUUGAAGUUUCUCAAGCUAAAGCUUGUGCUAACAAGCUGACUUUCAGCUGUACUUUUAAGUUCCAGAAAACAAAAAAUAAAUGGCAUGUUAUAGUA